CAUAAAGAAAGAUCAAAACCUCCCAUCGCCCUUCCAAAAAGAACAUAUUAUAAUCUUUUGUUACAAAAAAAAUUAUAUAAUCAAAAAAAUUAUACUAUUUUCUUUGUAUUUCAAAAAAGUUUGUAGCUUUGAAGGUAGAGAGAUCAAGCGACUGAGAGAAAGAGAGAGUGGUGUGGAAACUAAACCACGAUCUGAGUUUUUCCGACAGCAAUAUUCUCCGAUCGGAGCUUUAGACAUUCCGACAGAAGCAUAAAAAGAUCGUUCCUUUCGUGUGUGUGUGUGUGUGUGUGUUAGGGGUUUGUCGGAAAAUGGAGCGGUACGGUCGCGCCGGUGAAGAAGGGCCGCGAUCGGAUCCGUCGAUUGAAUGGGCCUCUCGUGGAGUCGAAGGUUCGGUGUGGCGGUUAGGGUUAAGCGGCGGAGGAGCUGGAGGAGGAGGAGGAGGAGGAGGAGAAGGGUACCCGGAGCGAUCAAAUGAGCCUGAUUGUAUUUAUUACUUGCGUACCGGCGUUUGCGGGUACGGUUCAAGAUGUCGGUUUAAUCACCCGCGAGAUCGUGGAGCGGUUGUUGGAGGUGUGAGAGGAGGAGAUGGAGCUUUACCGGAGAGAAUGGGACAACCGGUUUGUCAGCAUUUCAUGAGAACGGGAACGUGUAAGUACGGUGCGUCUUGCAAGUAUCACCAUCCCAGACAAGGAGGAGUUGGUUCCCUUGCGCCUGUCUCGUUAAGUUACUUGGGAUAUCCAUUACGUGCGGGAGAGAAAGAGUGUUCUUAUUACAUGAGAACCGGCCAGUGUAAAUUUGGUUUAACCUGUAGAUUCAACCAUCCAGUGCCUCAGCCACAGCAGCAGCAGCAGCAGCAACAGACGCAAACUAUUUAUCCAACAAUUCAAUCUCAACCAAUGCCUUCGUCUCAGCAAUAUGGUUUAGUUUUGACAAGGCCUCCUUCUCUUUUAUCUGGUUCUUAUCUUCCAAGCCCAUACGGCCCACCACCAAUGGUUCUGCCUCCAGGAAUGGUUACAUACCCUAACUGGAAUCCUUACCAGGCUUCUUUGACUGCAAUGCCUUCUCCUGGAACUGGAACACAACCUUCUAUUGGAUCAAGCUCUGUUUAUGGAGGAGUAGCGCCGUUAUCUCCUUCAGGUACUGCUUAUACAACAGGAACAUACCAAUCUGGUGGACCUUCCUUGACUACUACUUCAAAAGAACAAUCUUUCCCUCAGCGACCUGAUCAGCCAGAGUGUCAGUACUUCAUGAGAACCGGAGACUGUAAGUUCGGUGCUUCGUGUAGAUACCAUCAUCCUCCUCUGGAUGCAGUUCAGACUAAUACUGGUGUUCUCCUCAGCUCCAUUGGCCUUCCACUUCGUCCGGGCGUAGCGCAAUGCACUCACUUUGCGCAACACGGUAUCUGCAAGUUUGGACCAGCGUGUAAGUUCGAUCACUCUAUGGCUUCUUCACUAAGCUACAGCCCGUCUGCUUCGUCGCUAACGGAUAUGCCUGUGGCUCCAUACCCAGUUGGUUCAUCCUCGCUCAGCGGGGCUUCAGCUCCAGUAAGCUCAAGCGUUGAAACCACCACCGCAGAGGCUGUGACUGCUGUAGUUUCUAGCGUGAACAGUCAAGAGCUAGCUGAGACGGGUGGUGACUCAGCUGGUGUUAGUGGCAGUAUAGAAGCAAAGACUUCUUCAAUUUAAAGAAAAAGAGAGAGGAAAAUGUCCUCGAGAUUCUUGAUGAAGUAAACAACAUUAAGAAAAGAAAAAAGAAGAUUAUUGAAUGGGGUUUGAAGAUUCGAUGGAAGCAGAGAGAGAGAGAGAGACCAAAACCAAAAGCUUCUGUCAUUUUACCAUUUGUCCAUACAUAAAUAAAUAUAUUCUCUCAUACGGCCAUAUCUCUCUCUCUCUGUUUUUGCUUUCUUGAACAACGAUUACUACUAAUAAAUGGCCUUUAUUCACACGACC